UGCCCUCUGCUGGCCAACACGUUUAACUGCAGUGUCGAGUUCCUGGUUCACGCUCUCGGCGAAUGGAGCACCACGCAGCAUCAACUUUUUAACAAUGCAAGUAGUCGGGUGUUAGCUUCUCAAAAAUACUUUUAGCGAACAUAGCGUUCAUAUAUUCUGUUAGUGGCACACCCCUUUGCCGGGGAAUGAUUCUGUAGACUUCUGCAGGUUUCGCUCAGUAGACUAACAAGCUAAGCUAGCUAACUCGCUAGCUAGCUUAAUUACAUUGCGAUCCAAAAUGACUAACUCCUGCGCUGCAGCCAACUGUGAUUACCAGCAAGAUGGACCCGACAACAGCACUCCACUCUUCAGCUUUCCAUCGGAUCCGGAGCGAUGCAAACAAUGGUUGGUUAACUGUUGUCGUCAAGAUCUGGCAUCGCAAGCUCCAGAGGAACUGCACAAACAGUACAAACUUUGUGCAAAACACUUUGAGCCCUCGAUGAUCUCUCAACAGAUUUCCUGCACGUGUGUCUUAAGCGAAGAUGCCGUUCCAACAAUAUUUGACUUUGCUGCGCCGACAAAUAAUGACUCGAUGUGCAGCAGGAAACGUGCCGGAAGCCCUGCGGAGGAGGAACCCGCUGUGAAAAAGUGUCCCGCAGAGAAAACCGCAUCACCAGAACUGACUGGGGAGAUAGAAGUCUCUGGUGAAGACAGUGCAACACUUGAAGAACAGAAAGACACACAAGCGAACGAGGAUGUUGGCAUCUCGAAAGCUAAAGACACUCUCAAAGCCUAUUUCAAGGAAAUUCUGGCACUGACUGGAUUCAGCAUCAAUGGUGCCAAUAUCAACACCGAUGAGCCGACCGGUGAAUCGAGUCAGCAUUCUCUGAAGAAAAUAUGUGCAGAGAAAAUUGACAAACAGGAAAUCCUCCAGUUCAGCGAGAACCUAAUGAGAGCGGAGAUCCAGAACACCCUAAGACACGCCCGAUUCUUCUCUAUUAUGCUCCAAGAUGUGACAAGUAUAGAUGGGAAAGAGCAGAUCCCAAUUUUCAUUCGAUCCGUCACCGAGGCCGGGCUCCCACAAAAACACCUGGUUGGGUUCUUGCCUUGCGACUUGAAUGCAGAAAAUCUGUUUCACAUUCUUCUGUCGGAGUUGAGAGAAAAGUGGGGCUUGGGGAUGGAGCACUGCAGAGGACUCGCGUAUCUGGUGACCGGACGCAUGUGUCAAACAAUGCGAGAUCUCACUUGCAAGAUUUUACUGGAGUUUCCGCAAGUGGUUUUAUCGCCCAGUGACCCGUAUGCUUUCAACAUAUGGAUUAUUCGCUGCAUGCCUGUGCCCACAAUUCAAAAUAUUAUAGACACUGUAGAAGAGGUGGCCUCGUUGCUCAGGGCAACACCAGAGCUUUACAAAAGAUUGGAAGGAAAGAUCCAGAUGACCUAUGGGCAUAUAAAGGGAGAAGUGGACAGAAUCAAGGCAAUCCUCAGUGUCAACUGGGAGUACGGCACUGACGCCUUCCAAACCAUGUUAGAUAUUCUGGAGCCUUUCCUCAACUGCAUCAACGAGAUGAUUUCCAAGGUGGAUGAAGACACUGCCGAACAGGUGGCCAAACUCAAGCCAGUUUUGAAAAAUUUCAAUUUCAUCAUGACAUUAGUCGUCCUAAAAAACACCCUCUGCUGCGUGAGCAUACUCAACUCCAGUCUCAAGGGAAUCAUUAGCAUGAGUAGCACCUUGCAGUACACCAUUUCAAACGCCCUAAAGCUGGUAAGCAAAUACCAGCAGGAGAUUGCUGUCUUCAACAAAAAAUGGUUCGCAGACGCAGUCGCUCGAGCCAAGAAGCUCGGCGUUGAAGUGAUAAAACCGGAGAUGGACCAAGGAGACGCAAAAGACACUCCGCUGGAGGACUUCUACAGAGAAACUUUGGCACGGCCUAUCUUGCAGUACCUUGUUGCUGAGGUCAAUCGAGUGUUCAGUGUGGAGAUGGUGAGGAUUCUAAGAUGGCUCUCUCUGGUGCCUUCCUACAUGGCCGACCACAGUUUCAGCAUUCGCCGGGACAAGGUCGCAGACGCCAAUUUGAACAAUCUCGCGAGACCUGACACAUUCUACGAAGAGCUCGGUUGUUGGGAAGUGAAGUGGAGGCACGCAAGCAAGCGCAGAAUCCUGCCAACCACCGUGUUUGCUACGCUGAAGAUACCAGACAUUGGCUUUUACCCAAAUGUUCAGAGCUUGUUGAGGGUGUUGGGCACUGUUCCGUGCAUAAAUGCAGAGGCAGAUGUUUACGGCCAGUACAACAUGGUACUGGAGCGAUGCCACGCCUACCUGAAAGCCACGCCAGAGGGCCAAAGACAAUGCAGCUCGGCAUACAUCUAUGUCAACCAGGAUGUGCAUUUCAGUGUUGAACAAAUGGUGGAGUCAUAUGUCCAGAAGCAUCCAGAAAUACUGCAGAUCUUGCAGAUUGAUGAAGAAGCUCAGGAUAAGACUUCUGAAGUGGCAAGCCAAGGAAACCACGCUGAAAAAGACACUGAAGAUGAAUUAAGAUUGCAACUGAUAAACAUGGAGAUGGAUGCCGAGAGGCUCGUAGAAUUGAAGUGUGCCGAGACGGACAGAGAAGCACUGAAGUCCGCCCUGCAGGCUGCAGUGACAUCCGCAUACAACAGCCAAAGCUGGCAACAAAGUGAGCUCUCUCCUGCUCAGGAUGGAGAAGUUGAAUAUGUCACCAAGUCUGAAAUGAACGAAGUGCUCACUGUGUGUGAAAAUGCUGUCAAAGAGGGAAUUCUCAUGGAAGUGGGGAAUUCAUUCUUUUCCUUAUUCAUUGACCGUGUUGUGAAGAUUGGGGAAAAGGACUAUCUUCCGCUCUUCCUUCGGUUUGUGGACAGUUUCGAUGUCAUGCGAAUGGAGUUGUUGGGAUUCUUGGAGGCAGCCCUCGAUUGUGAUGUGAUGGUGCAGCGCCUUUUGGCAAUAGUAACAGAAGAGUGGCGUCUUGAUUUGAAUAACUGCAGAGGUCAAGCAUACCUCGGAUCCGGUAACGUUUCUUACAAACUAAAAGCUUUCGCUUGCAAAGUACAGGAGAAGUAUCCCCUUGCUAUUAGCACACACUGUUCCUGCUACUCCUUCAACACAUGGUGGUCAAAGUCUACCCCGGUGCCCAUUAUUAAAAGAGCCCUUGAUACAUUCGAAGAGGUGGUGAUGUUUUUCGGAAGCAGGAGUGCUCUAGAAAAGCAGAUCGACCAUGUCAUUGCCUAUGGUCUUCGAGAGAGCUACGAAAAGGUCCAAGAAUUGCAAGGGACAUUCUGCUCCCUGUGGCACGAAAAGCACGAUUCGUAUGAGGUGUUUGUGCAGAUUCUGGAGCCACUUGUUGAGUGUCUAGAGAAAGUCAAAAGCAGCCCGCAGAGAUGGAAAACGUCUGUGUCGGAACAAGCUGGAGUACUCUUAAACAAAGUGAUGAAAUUUGACUUCAUCGUUGCGAUGGUUGUGCUAAAGAACACCUCUUCUUUUACCAGGGAGCUGAGUGCAGGUCUUCAGAAGGACCAUUUCAGUGCUGCGUUCCAGCUGUGUCAAAUCACUGGUAUUGUUGCUACUUUGAACAGAAUAAAAACAAGUUUGAAGGUGUUUCACCAGAAUUGGUUCGAUGAGGCCUGUGCAAUUGCACAUAGUCUCACGGUGCCCAUUGAAGUGCCUGAAAAGUAUUUGCCCAGGGACAGCAUGACAAAGCCGCUAGGUUUUUACAGAGAUAGCCUAAGCGUGCCCCUCGUAGAUAACCUCAUCAAUGCAGUGAAGGAUCAUUUUUCGGAGGACCACAAGGAAGCUCUCAAUUUCCUCUCGUUGGUUCCUUGCUUGGUUACAGUGAGUUACAUGUUUGAGAGCUUAAAGUCCAAGCCACCUCUCUACAGCAGUGAUCUUCCUGAUGCCGACAACUUCUUCACUGAACUCUGCUGUUGGAGGGUCACAUGGAAGACAAAAGUCGCCUCUGUGACCAUCCCGAAAUCAAUAUUUCACACACUGCGUCUGCCGGUCAUGCAGUACUUUGGCAACAUCAAUGCACUCCUGAGGAUUAUGUCCGUGUUACCCAGCACAGCCCUCGAGGACUGUGGAGUUGUGAUGCGCCACAAGAAGUUCCAAGAGUACUUGAGAAACACUAAUCCCAAAGACCGGUCCCCGUGUUUGGCUGUGCUACAGGUGGGCACAGAUUUCAGCAGAGACCUUGAUCGCAUGGUGAGCCAGUGUUUGAAGAUUACUCCGCAGGCCCUGGAGGGUAUCUGUUUGGAUAAGGAAUCCAAAACUUUCACCAGAAACUCUGACAAUAAUAUGGAAGUUGAUGUGUCCAUAAAGGAGGAAGAAGACAAUGCCGAAAUUCAACAAUGCUCUGACUUGAAGGAAGGCCCACACGUGAAGCUAACGGAUGACAAUUGCCAUGUUGGAGAUAACCGUGAAAGUCUGGUCACCGUAUUUAGACUGGCUGCCCUUCUGGGAAAGAAGAAUACCAGCAUCACGUCUCUCUCUGAAGAAGAAAGAGAGUAUUUCACUCAGGAGCUCAACAUGUGCCACUGGUUCAAGAAGGACAACAAAUGUGCACCAUCCAUAAGUGAAGCUGAAAUUGCGAAGUUACUCAUGAAGGGAAUGAGAGGUGUCGUACUGAAAGAGAUAGAGGAAUCACCAUUCUUCUCACUGAUCACAGACAAGCCUGUAAAAAUUGCUGACGAGACUCACCUACCUGUCUUUGUCAGAUACGUUCGAGAAUCUGCUCCAAAAGUAGAGCUGAUGGGCUACUUGCCAUAUGACGAAAACUGUGACGUUGAUACUCAAGCAAACAAGCUCGCUAAAGUGAUGACAGAGGACUGGGGCUUACCGAUGGCUCACUGUCGAGGACAAGCGUUCAUGCACCUGGGCUCAGGUUACGAAAGCCUAAAGAAAGUGUCUUUGGAUUUCCUCAAGAGUUACCCGCUUUGUGUCGUGACGCCUAGCGAGUCCUGUGGCCUGGCCAGUUGGCUGGUAGGAAGUGGGCCUUGCCCUUCUGUAGCAAAAGUGCUGGAUAUUACAGAAGACCUGCUACUGUUCUUCGAUCAGUCUCCUUCUCUGGAAAGAAAGUUGGCACAGGCACAAGAUGGGCUUUUGAAUAUGCCAAGGGAGGCCUUGGAGGAAAUACCAGAGACGUGUUGCUCAAGAUGGAAGAGAAGAGAGGACUUCUUUGACAUUCUUGCUGACACAUUGGAGGACAUCCUCACUUGCUUGGAUGCUGUCACUUCUAACGCCAGAGGUGCCAUGUCGGUGCACGCACAAGUUCUCUCAGCUGCUCUCAGGACCAUGGAUUUCAUCGUCACCCUUGUGAUCCUGAAGAACGCUUGUGCUCCUCUUAGUAGCUGUAGCAUUGUCUUCCGCUGUGGAAACCCCGCUGAUAUUCUUUGUGAAGUGGAAAAGAUCCCCUCAAUCAUAGAGACCUUCAACAAAAUGUUGGAAAAUGUCAGCACAGUACACGCCACUUGGUUCGAACAGGCAUUCCAGUUAGCUGUCAAGGUAGCCCCCGAGCAGAUGGGCUUUCUUCAGGAGGCCAGCAACUAUGAGUCGUCAGAGAUAUACUACAAAGAGAACGUGAGUAUACCACUCCUCACAAGUCUCAUUGAUGAAAUGAAGUACAGCUUCUCCGAUAGCCACUUGAAGGGGCUGUCGAUCCUGUCCUUGCUGCCAUCCUGCAAUCCGCAGCCCAUUUUCCCAGAGUGCCCAGACAAGCCUUUCAGCUGCUACCUAACGGAUCUUCCGGAACCGGACACACUUGAGCAGGAAGUCAAUGCAUGGGCUGCCGUGUGGCGAGACAAAGACCAAGAUGUUUCUCCUCCAACAUCCAUUGCUGAAACAUUAGUUCAUCCUGAGUCCAAGAACCACCCAACAGUCACCUUACUGCUUCAGCUCGUAGCGGUGCUGCCUAGUGUCGGCAUUGAAUGUGACCUGAUGAAGACCACUUUGAAUUCCAUGAGAGAUCUGUUAAGGACCACUGUUUGCAAAGGUAGCAGGACGGUUCGUGUGAUGCUCCUCUCUCACAACACAACACUGCAGAGGCUGCCCGAAGUAAUUGCCAAGUGUAUAGAGGUUGAUCCAGAGAGCAGUCCAUGUCUUUCACAGGUCAUGGAAACUUUACGAGGACUACAUCUGGACAGGGGGAGUGUCAACGAAGACGGGUCAAACCAGGAGGCAGCCACAGAAGCCAAUGCCACCGGUGAUUCUGCGGGCACAGAGGAGGGUUCUGCUGAUACCGAAGUGGUCCUGGAAGUCGUUCAAGGACCCAGACAGCCAGUGUCCUUUUACGAGCCGCAGGUGCGUGAAGAAAUUAUCAAGGAACUCUGGGAUUCUCAGUUCUUCACAAUCAUCACGGAACAGUAUGUUGAUAUAAGCGGCGAGGUUUACGUCCCACUGUGCAUCAGGUACUUAAACAAAGAGGACAUCCAAUGUGAAGAAACACUGGCUUUCAUUCCUCUUGUUGGAGACUCUGCUGUCCUCUCUGAGGCUAUUGAGACCGCGCUCUCUGAAAAAUGGGGGCUUAACAUGGCGUACUGCAGAGGACAGGCCCUGCUGAGUGUAGGUGAAGUCGGAGCACAAAUGAGAGCUGUAAGCUUAGCACUAGCCGAGAAAUACCCUCAGGUCGUGAGAACUGUCAGCUCCAGUUUGUCCUUCAAUUCAUGGCUGGCAAAAUCCUCACUGACGGAGGCAGCAGCAGAUGGAACAGUCCAGAUAGAUCAAAUACUGCACUGGCUAACCAAGGACGCAGAGCGGCAAAACAAACUGGAAGAAAUGAUCCUCCACGUGUUCCGGCACAAUGAAGCAAAGGGGAAUGAGCUGAGGGACAAGCUGAUGAAGAACUGGGAGAAGAGUCACGACAUGCAUAAGGUGAUGAUAGAGAUCAUCGAAGCGGUCUUGCUCUGCUUAAGCGAGCUCAAACAUCAGGGAGACGCAUCCGACCGGCAGCAAGCGUCGCAGUUCUUUGAUACAAUCACAAACUUUGAGUUCAUCCUUUCCUUGGUGGUGCUGAGACAUGUCCUGAGUGCCACUAAGAAGCUGAGUCAGUCCCUCCAGGGCAAGCCGUUAGACAUGUUGCUUGCCGUGAGCAGUUUGCCAGAUGUCACCGCGUCUCUCAGGAAUUUAAAGAGCGACAUCGACACGCAUCACAAGGCGUGGUUUGAGGAAGCCGUCGCGCUCGCGACUAAACUGCACAUCCCAAUGUUGCAUUCGGUUCUCUUAGAACCUUUGAGUGAUAUUUACAAAUGUGCACUAAGUUUGAAAUUUGUCGAGCACUCGUUAUCAGAAAUUGAUGAGCUCUUCACUGAAAAGGUCAUUGAUACGCUGAGGUGUCUGGAGAUUGUGCCUUACGCAAUGUCCAAAGUAGAAACCAGCACCCUCAGUGGUCUUGUGCUGCGCCUGUACAAGGAGGACCUGCCAGACGAGGCCUCCCUUGACGAUGAGAUCAAUAUGUGGAAGGAGAAGUGGUUGGACCCCCUCGCGGGCUAUCUUCCUACUACCGUGCUCGAUGCCCUCAAAACGUCACAGAUAAGAAGCUUCAGUAAUAUCGAGACCCUCCUCCGACUUCAGGUCAUUUUGCCGUUUUCAAGACGGGAGAGUAACUUCAAGCAAGGAAAGAGAAGCUUACAGGAAUUUAUACAGCAGGAAAAGAGAUCUUUCGCUGAGCUACAUCCUCUGUAAAGCUGCAAGGUCUUCCAUCAUGGAGAGGUGGCGCUUCCACCACACUCAGUCUAAAGCCUUGAGUUCUGUAAUCAACAUUUCUAUGUAUAAUAUUGAUUCAAAUUCUUUUGUGUUUUCCAUUUGUUGAUAGUAUGCAAACCGCGUUUUUGAUAUAUUUCCCCUUUUCUGUAGUUUGUACAGUUGUACUGGUCAGUGGGACCAACAUGGCAUAACAACAGUCAGGUGAAGAAAAGCAAUGUUUCAUUGAUGGUUAUCAAUGCUGGUGUGCCUUGAUACAAACAUUUCAUUGUGUGUAACACAGAAGAUGUCCCAUUAGUGUCGUCAUUACCAAAAAUUACCAGGCUGUCUCAAUUUUUAUGACUUCUUUUACUAUGACAUGUCACCCUUUUUACCUUUUCUUGUGCACACAUUGAACCGCUUUGUUGUGUCAUGUUCUGAUAUGGGUUGCCAUGUAUUCUGUCACAUUUGCUGUAAACCUAGCUUUUAAAGAAUGUCUCCUUGAUAUGGAAAAUCUUCUAUAUAUAUUUGUCAAAAAAAGUAAUAAAACUUCAAAAAGAGCC